AUGGACUCCGAGAAUGUGUUCGACAUAUACAGUGCCCCCGAGGCUCUUGAAGCUCCCUUGAGCAAGAAGAGAAAAAGCAAGCGGCAUCCCGGGGAAAGCAGUAACGCGCCUCUGGCCAAGAAAACCCGUACUGCAGGCCCUCCGACAGACGGACCUUCAACAAAUGUAUCUCCAACUCCUUCUCCUCUCGAGCAGCAAACUCCCCCUGCUCCUGUUGGGUCGACACCUUCUCCACCGGCCCCAAUCGACCAGACUCAGCAGGAUGCUCCUGCUUCCACAAGGGGCGACAUAUUGAGUAGCACCUUAAGAUUGGUCAAAGACAGGGUGGCCAAAAUUUUGAAGCACAAACGUUGCCGAGAGCCGAUGGCUGGGAUGAAGACGAUGGACGUCGACCAGAUCUUAACCCGCGCAUUAAAUGAGUUUGCCAAUUUUGAAGCAGUGCUUGAGGAGAAGAACAAACUAGCUGAGGAGUUAAAGGAGAAGCAAACUGCUCUGGAUAAGGUCGUCGAGCAAAGAGACAAGUUCAAGGAGUCUAACCACAUCAACUACAGCGAGGCUAAAAAGCUCGAGGAGGACUUGACCGUGAGCAGACAGGAGACCGCAACAUUGGAGGGCCGGAUCAAGAAGCUUGAAAAAGCUAAUGCCAGCAAUUUGGAAAGCUUUUACUUUUAA